AUGUCCCAGCCCGGAGCAGAACAGAGAAAGGCGGCGGCAUCCGCUGCUGUCCAGCAGAGUGAUAACAUUGCGCACGCGUUGUCGGGUGCGGGAGGUGGGAUCUUGUCUAUGGUCUUGACAUACCCUCUGAUCACUUUGUCGACGAGGGCCCAGGUUGAGUCAAAGCGCGCACACUCAACCACCCUUGAUGCUGUGCGCCGCAUUGUGCAGAGGGAGGGUAUUUCUGGGCUUUACUCGGGUUUGGAGUCCGCACUGUUCGGGAUCAGCGUGACCAACUUCGUAUACUACUACUGGUACGAGUUUACUCGUUCGGCCUUCGAGAAGGCUGCUGUCCAAUCCAACAGAGCAUCCAAGAAGCUCACGACUGUUGAGUCUAUGAUUGCUGGUGCUAUUGCGGGGAGCGCAACCGUGCUAAUCACCAACCCGAUCUGGGUUAUCAAUACUCGCAUGACUGCCCGCAAGUCUGAGGCCGAUGAGCAAGCUCUUCCUGGUGCCAAGAAGACAAAGGCAUCCACCUUGAGCACCCUCAUGGAUCUUCUUCGGGAGGAGGGCCCCAAGGCCCUGUUCGCCGGUGUCCUCCCGGCAUUGAUUCUGGUGAUCAAUCCAAUCCUGCAAUACACCAUUUUCGAGCAAUUAAAGAACAUCGUAGAGCGCCGGCGGCGGAUGACGCCCAAAGAUGCGUUCUACUUGGGUGCGCUCGGCAAGAUCAUGGCCACCAGCAUCACCUAUCCCUAUAUCACUAUCAAGAGCCGGAUGCAUGUGGCCAGCAAGGAUGGCCCCAAGGAGAGUUUGAAUGGAAGCUUGAAGAGGAUCAUUCAAGAUGAAGGAUGGAAGGGGCUUUACAAAGGCAUUGGUCCCAAGGUCACGCAAAGUGCUAUUACUGCCGCAUUCCUAUUUGCCUUUAAGGAUGUGUUGUAUGAUAUGAUGGUCUCUGCCCGCAAGAGAGGCCGCAUCGGCAAAUAA